AUGAAGUCCUGGCUCAUACGCCUGCUCGCGCUGAUGGUAUUUUGUUGCCAUGACGCCCUCUCGUGUCCGAAGCGAUGCACGUGCCACUUCAGCACCAAAACCACCGAGGUCGUGUGCCCUGAUGCUGGUCUCUCUCACUUUCCUGGAAAUGGACUGCCACGCAACACUACCUCCCUAACCAUCCAAUUCACCAACCUGAGCGUCAUGACCUCUCAAGAUCUGAAAGCCAUCCCACUCCUAGAGGAGCUGCAUCUGCCUGGCAACAAACUGAGCAGCUUACCAGCAGAUCUUCUGAAGGAUGUUCCUAACCUACACACCAUAGACCUCACAGAUAAUGAACUGCAAGAGCUUCCUUCACAAGUCUUCCAUCACGCUCCACUUCUUAACCUGGUGCUUAAAGACAACCGCAUCUCCAGCAUCCACCCAGACUGGAUACCCAUGGACAGCAAUCUCACAUGGUUGGACUUGUCGGGAAACCAUUUUACGAAAUUUCCAAUGGCUCAACUCCAAAAAUUGAAUCACCUCAAGGUUCUGCACCUCUCGCAGAACAAACUCGAGGAACUUCCGGUUGGGUGCCUAGAUGCUCAUCCUGCUCUAGAGAGACUUCAUUUGGACCAAAACAAAAUCGAAAACCUGGACGUAAAGGCGUUCAGCCACACAGCAAACCUGACUCACAUUUUCUUGCAGAAGAACAGACUGGAGAUUGUGCCUCCCACAGUUUUUCAAGGGCUCUACCGCUUGGAGUUUGUAGACCUCCAUGAGAACAGGCUGAAGUUUCUGUCCCCCGGCACAUUAGAUAUUAACACCAGUUGGGUAGAGUUAACCUUUAACCCCUGGCACUGUGACGAUACAAUUGAGUACCUAUGGAGGAAACUAACCACGGAGUCACUACAAUCAGAGCCAAAAUGUGCUUCGCCGGAGAACCUGAAAGAUCGCGCUGUUGCAACACUUACCCGCAAAGAAAUGGGUCUGCCAGAGUAAGAAAAACAAGUUUAGAAGACUAUCAUAAAAAGAGAAGACCAUAAUGUGUGCUUUAUGGUUCGAAAGA